CACAGGCAUUCUGAGACUUCUGCUUUGUGGGUGUCAACUUCAUUUUUUUUUCUCUAAAAUGGUUCCUCAAAUCACAUAAACAUAACAAUGCAAAGAAGAAAAGAAAUAGAGGCGUAUCAACAUGUGACAGAAACUAGGGAGGCGUAACUGACAGCCAGAGACGUGCACAGACAUGGUGAAGUCUGAGCAUGCAGAUAAGCUGUGUUUUGCCCACGCCCAAGUCAGACACCAAACAGCUUUGGAAGGCUACAGAACACUGGAUCUCAGAGCAACUGGCUUCAAAAAAUCUUCACAAUGUUCCUUGCUAAAGCUUUGCUGAGCGGAGGAAGUGGUAGCAGUCGUGGAGGAAACCUUGCACGUGGCCUUGGAGGGCUCCUAACAGGAGGUGGAGGUGGAGGGAAUAUUGGAGGACUUGUUGGAGGUCUCGUCAACCUUAUAAGUGAAGCGGCAGCUCAGUAUAAUCCAGAACCACCUCCACCUCCUCGCAAUCAUUUUACAAAUGUGGAAGCUCAGGAGAGUGACGAGGUCAGACAAUUUCGUCGCCUGUUUGCCCAGCUGGCUGGAGAUGAUAUGGAAGUGUGUGCCACAGAGCUGAGGGACAUCCUGAACAAGGUCCUUUCCAGACACCAAGACUUGAAGACAGAUGGCUUCAGCCUGGACACCUGCCGUAGCAUGGUGGCCGUCAUGGACAGCGAUGCGAGCGGCAAACUGGGCUUUGAGGAGUUCAAGUAUCUGUGGAACAACGUCAAGAAGUGGCAGUGUGUGUACAAGCAGUACGAUACUGAUCGGUCGGGCACUGUUGGCAGAGCCCAGCUGCCAAGCGCCCUGAAGGCUGCGGGGUUCCACCUGAGCGAGCAGCUGUGCCAGGUGAUCGUGCGCAGAUACGCCGCCGACGACGGCAGCAUGGAUUUCAACAGCUUCAUCAGCUGCCUGGUGCGGCUGGACGGCAUGUUCAGGGCCUUCAGGGCCCUGGACACAGAUGGAAGCGGCCGCGUCAGAGUGACCAUUGAGGACUGGCUGCAGCUGACCAUGUACUCGUGAGGGUGUGGCAGAGAGGCAGCUUUGUGUGGAGGAGUCACAGGGAGCACUACAAUCCUCUGCUAUACAACUGUAGUCUUUGUCUUUAGUCUUCCUACAGAUCUAGCUAGCGAUAGAUGGCUCAGCUUCAAGUGUGGUGAUUCCUCUUGUGCAUGGAAUCUGCUUUUCUGAGGGGUUUGUGUAGGUUGUUGAUUGGGCAGUUGCAUAAGUCUGUCUUCAGAAAAUUCUAGACUAUAAGGGAAUAUAUUGGAAAGAUCAAAGCUUUGUUACUUUUUCAUGUAAAGUGGCUUGUAUACGAGUAUAAUUAUUAUAUAAAAAACCUAGUUUGGUGUUGAUGUUGCUGUUCUGAUUUGUCAGCAGUCACUAAGCUGGAAUAAAGGCUGUUUGCCUGAAGGCAGUCACUGGUAGAGUCUGGUGCAGUUAUUUCUAGCAAGGGGAAAAACAUCAGAGUUGCAAUAACUGUAAUGAUCAGUGAACUUACAUAAUCAAUUUCCUUUCUACUUGCAUUUUUUCAUGCUUGGCUGUUGAAGCAAAACGUCAGUGCUACUGUCAGUUCUAUCUGGUGGCCAGGACAAAAUUGAAGACUUACAGGAGCCUACUUUUAUAAUGAUCACCUCCAUCCUACAGUUCUAUGAACUAGACUUUUCUCUCUUUCCUUCAAGCCUAAACAUAGUUAUAAAGCAAACAACUUAAAAUACUACAUUUAUAUUUAGAGAAACUUGAAAUAAUUGUGCAGUCACAUAGCAGACAGACAGCCAAAGUCAACCUCCAGCUAUCUGAGUGAAAUUUCAUCAGAGUGCAGCAUCCCACUCAAGGUAGUUACGCAGUUCUGGCUAAGAUGUCAACUUCUCAGUGAAAAAAAAAAACAAAAAAAAGGAAUAAUAUUAACUGUUAAAUGUACAUUUCUUUGAAUUAAGGAUUCCAUUGUUGAUCAAAAGAGCUCAAGGCAGAUUUCUUGGCAAGGCUUUGCUGCUUUAAACGAAAAUUGUCUUGGGUGUGUGCGAGCUGGCUGGAACGUGAAAAGAUGAGUUAAAUAGGCAGCCUGGCACUAGAGGCAGUCUCCAGAUGUGAGAGUCCUCACACCCCUGCCCUUCCCCAGGGACAUAGCAGUGACUCAUUGAGAAAUACCACGCAAUACCUGCAAGCCAUCUGCAUGUUAAUGGGGUGCUGUGGUGUGGUUUGGUCUGUAAAUUUCCAUAGCUUUGAUUUCUAAAUCUUGCACUUACACUUGGCAAAGAGUAUUUUUCAAACUGAUGAGAUACCCUCCCUUGUAUAAUUGCAGAAAACUUUUACUUGAAAUGAAACUAACUUUACAGUUUGUGCCCAGACUUUUUUCCUUCUGCACUUUGUUAAAUAGCAAACAGAAAAAUACUCAUAUUGUCCCAGAGAAAAGAGGCCAGUUCCUCUCUAAUGGUAUUCAGCCUCCUCCCAGUUCUUCAGUGGAAAGCACUCAGUUGUCCAUUGUGCCACAUAGUGCCAAUUUGGGCUCUGAGUAAUAGAAAAGUGAGCAGGAGAUAAAGUGUGGCUUAAACAGCAGGACAGUGCAUUGGCUUCCAAAUACCUUGUAGGGCAGUGCAUAGGCUUCAAAGGAAGCUUAAGAUAAACCAGGUAGAUUUGGUUCUCCUUUCACUGCCAUAUAUUUUAUUGCUGAAGGUUCAAACUCAAAGCAACAGCCUCGCUCUUGGCCUGUUGAUUCUGGAUUGUUGCAUUGGUCUCUGAACCUCAGCAAGUGCCAGUGCUGCCUGCACUGCAACAGUUACCUCAAACACUGGAUUCCAGUUAUUCUCAGAGCCUUCCUGAAGGCCAUGUACUAGAGAAAAUCUUUGUUUUCAAUCUUUUUUGUUUGUGUUUUGUUUGUUCAUAAAAUAGAAAUCUAUACCCAGUUUGUAGCUACUGGAAACAUGUAUUGUUAUUCCUGCCUUAGUCUCACGGAUUUAGUGAGCUCUUAGGUUUUUUCCCAGGAAGAACAAAAACCUCUAGUAUUGUAAACUGUCUUAGUGCAUGUGUUGUGUUUGAUUUACAGAAGAGCUUUUAAAGUGAUUUGCAGUAUUAGCUAUAACUACUGCCAUGCA